AUUAAAAAAAAAAAAAAAAAGUCUACUGAAUCAGGAUCAAAAUAAAUUCUCCUUUCGAAUAGAAAUAAAGAAGACCCCAGAAGCCACGAGCAAACACCAACUUUCUCACCCAAAAUCUCACCAGCCAAACAGACUCCUCCAUCCCCCAGAACCUCCAAUGUCUUCCUCUUCCCCACUGAAAAGCUUCUCAUACAACAAGUACGAGACCAGGAGGCGAAACCCUAACCCCAAAAGCUCAGCCCUUCUGGUUAUCGAUGUCCAGAACUACUUCUCCUCCAUGGUCAAGCCCAUCCUCCAAAACCUCCUCACCACCAUCGAACUCUGCCGACGCGCUUCCAUCCCCGUCAUCUUCACGCGCCACUGCCACAAGUCCCCCGCCGACUACGGCAUGCUCGGUGAGUGGUGCGACGGCGACCUCCUCUUCGACGGCACCGUCGAGGCCGAGCUCAUGCGGGAGCUCGAUCGGAGGCCGGAGGAUCAGGUCGUGGAGAAGAGCACGUACAGUGGGUUUCAGGGUACGCGCCUGGAGGAGCUGUUGAAGGAGAGGCGCGUGGAGGAGGUGAUCGUGACCGGGGUGAUGACGAACCUGUGCUGCGAAACGACGGCGCGUGAUGCGUUUAUUAAGGGGUUUAGGGUUUUCUUCUCGGCCGACGCGACGGCAACGGCGGAUAAGGAGCUUCACGAGGGGACUUUGAAGAAUCUGGCGUAUGGGUUCGCUUACUUGGUGGACUGCGACAGGCUUGGAAAGGGGCUUAAUGGGAAUUAAAUUAUGGACUUAAAGGAAAUAUUGUAAAAAAGAAAAUAAAUAAAUCUAUUUAUUUGUUUUUUGUUUUUA